GCCCGCCCGUGGCCCGGCGAGGCGGGAGCGCUCACCGCUGGCCCUGCCAGGCGGGGCUGAGGCGGGAGUGAGGCGGGGCUUGAGCCGCCGCGCCACGCGUGGCGAGGACAGGGCGCUCCGAGCCAUCCCGGCCAGGCGGGGGGCGGUGCCGCGGCGUGACCCUCGGCGGCCGCCGUAGCGGGGCCGCGGCGGGGCGGGCCGGUGAUGGCGGCGGGGCGGCUGCUGCGGUCCUGUCUGUCCGCCUGUCUGUCCGCAGGGAGCCGGGGCCGCUGGGCUGCCCGGGCCGCUCGCUGCCCCGCCCCGAGCCGCGCUCUCUCCGGUCUCUCCGCCCGCUGCGUCAGGCAGGUGCGGGCCCCGGCCCCGCCGCGGGAGCCGGCCCUGCCCUGGGGGACGCGGCCCGCGGGAGGCACCGCCUCGCUGCUCGGCAGUGUCACCUCUCUACUUCCAAGUAUACUUCAACAGCCAGUGAGGACUGUCACUUACUACAGCUUGAGGAAAGGAAAGAGGAAAACCGUGAAAGCUGUCAUCGACAGGUUCCUCCGGCUGCACAACGGCCUCUGGGUUAGGAGAAAGGCUGGCUAUAAGAAGAAACUGUGGAAGAAGUCAACUGCCCAGAAGAAGCGUUUGAGGGAGCUGAUGUUGUGCAACAGGACACAGUGUAAACUCCUGGAUAAAAUGACCACUUCCUUCUGGAAGAGAAGGAACUGGUACGUGGAUGAUCCCUACCAGAAGUACCACGAUCGCACCAACCUUCGUGUCUAGGAAGCUUUGGUUUCAGUGUGGCCAUCUCUCUAGGAAAGAGGUGGUGGCACAUCCAUCUGCAACACCUUUUCCUUUUCUGAAUAAACAUGCAGAUCAUUUGGUCAGAAUGAUGGGUGUCAGUGUCCCAAAUCAAGGAAUAUUCAAGAUGCAGUUUGUGUUUUGCUUAGCAGAGGUCAAGCUGCAUGUUUUGACAUCUGUUGGUUUCCUGUGAUUGUCUGUAACAUCCAUGGAUGAAUGAAUACAGUCUAAACAUCACUAAAAGUGAACAA